AUGCUCCUUCUAGCUGCUACUCCCGAACGGCGUCUCCGCACUAGCCGUCAGUCUUCCAACUGGGCCUGUCUGGCGCCAAACGAGCCAGCGCACGCAUCUCUCGGCGUGGCCUGUAGAACAACACGCUUGGCACUUGCCUCGCUGAGAUGGCGCCUUCUAGGUCGCGCAAAGACCUCGCGGCCUAUCGCGGCCACCUUUGUGGUGGGAUUGAAUCGGCGGACAGGACCGGCGCUCGGCACGCUGCGCGUGGUUGUGGGCUCGGGAUGGCUCGUGCACCGCAUGGGCUAUCCUGCAUUCUCACGCACGACUCUGGCAUCCUGGGGCGUUCGAUUGGCCAGCCAUGAGCUGAGCGCCGGUCCGAGCGCAUACGGGACAAAGCAAUGUCCGGCUCACAACCCAAGGGGCUCGUCGAGGGCGCUCGAGGCGACUCGGGCGACGCAAGGAGGGCAUGUCGCGGACAUGGAAACGACGCAACGUGGUGAUGCACCGGUGAUGCCCGUGCACGCGUCGGCCGUUCGCUGGCAGCCGACGCGCGUCGGGGGCGGGCCUUUCCCACCGCGUGCGCGCCUGCUUCCCAAUGCGGCGACGACGGUGACUCGACGCGGGACUGUUCUCACGCUCGCGUCGCCCGUCCCACCGCGUGCGACGCCGCUCGGUGGAUAUCCCAUCUGCCACGGCUCCGGCGGUGCCCAGAAAUGCGCGCCGUGA